GCUCGGGGCGCGCGCUGGCGGCGGGAGAGGGGCGCCCCCUGCCGGAGCGCUGUGACACAGCCGCCACCAUGGGAUCUGUGCGUUCGCUGUCCGCCGUCAGCGCUGCCCCGAGCCGGGGGAAGCUCAGGGAUGAGGAGGAUGAGGAUUUAUUGUCCGGCCAGGAGCCCGUGGAGGACAUGGCCAAGAUUCCCUACAUGGAAUUCAUGGGCCAGGAGAGCGUUACCUGUCACACCUGCCGAGGCACCGGCCGCAUCCCCACAGAGCAGAUGAAUGAGUUGGUGGCUCUGAUCCCCCACAGCGACCAACGGCUUCGUCCUCAGAGAACGAAACUCUAUGUGCUGCUCUCAGUGCUGCUCUGCCUGCUGCUGUCCGGCCUGGGCAUUUUCUUCCUGUUCCCCCACUCCGUGCUGGUGGAUGAUGGUGGCAUCAAAGUGGUCCGGGUGUGGUUCGACAGGGAAAACUCCACCGUCCUCCUGGCCAUCACGGCCACCCUGAGGAUCAGGAAUUCCAACUUCUACUCGGUGACAGUGAGCAGCCUGAGCAGCCAGGUGCAGUACAUGAACACCGUGGUGGGCAGCCAGCAGCUCGCCGGCGUCUCCAGCAUCCAGCCCCUGAGGGAUAAACUGGUGAAUUUCACCGUGAAGGCAGAGCUGGGUGGAUCCCUGUCCUAUGUGUAUUUUUUCUGCACUUUGCCCAAGGUGAAGGUCCACAACAUCGUGAUCCUCAUGAGGACCUCGGUGAAGCUCUCCUACAUCGGCCGCAGCGCCCAGAGCACCCUGGAGACCUUCCACUACCUGGACUGCAGCUCCAACUCCACGGCCCCGCUGCCCCCGCUGGCCUGGGGGGCUCCCUGAGGGUCCCAAGGGCUCCCUGAGGGUCCCAAGGGCUCCCUGAGGGUUCCAGGAGCUCCCUGAGAGGGUCUCAGAGGCUCCCUGAGGGUCCCAGGAGCUCCCUGAGAGGGUCUCAGAGGCUCCCUGAGGGUCCCAAGGGCUCCCUGAGGGUUCCAGGAGCUCCCUGAGAGGGUCUCAGAGGCUCUCUGAUGGUCCUGAGGGUUCCCUGAGGGUCUCAGAGGCUUCCUGAAGGCCCCAGGAGCUCCCUGAAGGUCUCAGAGGAUCCCUGAGGGUCCUGGAUACUCCCUGAGGGUCCUGAGGGUUCCCUGAUGGUCCCAGGAGCUCCCUGAGGAUCCCAAGGGCUCCCUGAGGAUCCUGGAUGCUCCCUGAGGGUCCUGGAUACUCCCUGAGGGUCCUGAGGGUUCCCUGAGGGUCCCAGGAACUCCCUGAGGAUCCCAGGGGCUCCCUGAGGGUCCUGAAGGCUCCCUGAAGGUCUCAGAGGCAAACCCGGCAGCUCUGCUUCCUCCUCCCCUUCCUUUUUAUUUUUGGGAAGGAUUCUGGAGCUCUCCCUCCUCAGUUAAAGGCUGAAAUCCCAAAGAUUUGCCGUGGCUCCCACCUGUCGGGAAGCUCGACGCUGUCAGGCCGUUUUGGGGUGAACACGUUUUGUUUCUGAGAGUGGAUGGAUUUAUUUUUUUCGGGGGGGGGGGGAAUGAAUUUCUUUUCCAGAACCCCCCAAAAAAAGGAGCGGUUCCCACCAGGAACGUGCCUCUGUUACACCCUGGAAGGAGGCAAAGGAGCCCAAAUCUUUGGAAUUAACAUUUUUCCUCCUUUUUUUUUUGUUUUGUUUUGUUUUGUUUUGUUUUGUUUUCCCCCUGUUGGCAUUCCAGAGGCUCUUCCCCGGGGGUUUGAAAUCCGGGAAUUUGCUGGGGGGUUUUUUUGUGCUCCACUUCCCAAAGCAGCGGGGACUGGAGGGGGUUCUGUGGGAGGCUGGGAUUCCAAGGCCUCCCCGCCGGGAGCUGGACAUUCCUGCCCGCCGCUAUCCCCAGGAAAAAUCCAGCUGCCAGCUCUCCCCCGCAGCCUUUUGGCAUUUUGCCCCUUCCUGGGGAGCCUUUUUCUGGAAUUUCCCAUGGGACUCGGGAGCCGGGCGCAGCUGCAGGUGAGGGAAUCCUUCCUCAGUGGAUUUUCCUGGAUUUUUUUCGGGUGACAGUGACGCAAAAUCCACGCCUGGCUCCGUUUUCCACCAGGAGAUUCCUGCCCCUGUGGUGUUUUUAGGGCUGAAUCCUUCAUUAAACUUGAUUUGGAUAUUUC